AUGUUCCCGCUUCCAGCUGAGAUUUCACUUCACAUAUUGUCCUAUCUUCCUGUUUCCGACAUCGCUGCGCUAUGUCGUACAUCGAAAUCGUUCAAUGAUUUUAUCGAGGUGAAUGAAGCUACAGUGUACAGGCAGGCUGCGGAAUGGCACCGAUUCGUGCCUCCUGGACUGAUGCAGCUAGAGGAUGCGAAGGCUCGUCUCAAGGGAUCAUGCACGGGCGGCAUCACAAGUUGGAAAGAGCUAUGUCGUUGCUUGAUGAUUAUAGAGCGCAACUGGGCUGGGCACGGGACCGUCGUGGAAGGUGCAUACCCUCCACAGAACAGUAGUUUCAACGUCCACCGGUUCAAGAUUGACCAUGAGCAGCGCACCCUGAUCAGCACCAAUGUAGACGUAAGCCAUCCAGAGCCCGAAGGUCAUAUAGAAGUCAAGGCCUUGGAGGACGGGCGUCCGCUCUGGUAUAUCAGCCAUUGGUCUAUCCGCCUGCAAGCACAUUGCGACUUUUCCGAUGGGUUCCUCGUCUUUGACAGGUCUGACCGGCCUAUGCUGGAGGUCUGGAGGCGCUCAGUAGACGCCUACGAGAGGCGACAUGGAAUCAUCAGCCCGGCUGGAGGGAGUCUGCCAGACCUGUCGCUGGGCCUGAUAUUCGAAGACUUGGCCCGAAGCGCCCAUGUCCCCAGGCUUGAUGCGUCGCCCAACUAUAGCGAGACUUUACGUGGCCAUUUCGUCCCGCACGGCCUAAUAGCGAUUGAGGAGCCCGUUCGGAUCCGUGCUUACAGACUCGUUUAUCCCACACUCGCGGUCGCUUGCCAGGGUCUAAACCCGAUUGUCUUCCUGUACGACAUCCGUACCGGGCGCAUGAUCCGAAGAAUCGACGUUGGGGAAGGCAUAUAUGACUUGGGAGGAACUGGCGUCAUUGCCGAAGGGCACGCCAGGGAUGUACUAUACAUCGACGUUAACGGUGAUUGGGUCGUGCUGUGCAUGAUGGGUGGUAUGGUGUUGAUACCCAGAGAUGGAGAAGCAGAGCUUGGGGGAGAUAUUGGCACUGCCAACGAUAGUGCGCCCGGCAGACUCGAUAGGAUGAUAUUCUUCCCCAGUCAUGAUAUGGAGCUUGAAGUACCGCAGUUCUCCCGCGAAGGGUCGAUGUUACUGGCCCGAUGUUACGGUGACGGAGCCGAGGCCAAUUUGGAGUCCCCUUCCAUUCACCGACAUGAGCUGGCUGACCUACGGUACAAGACACGAAGGCGGGUGAAGAGCAAGUUUGCCAUGGAGCAUAUGACUUUGAAACCGCCACGCAAUAAGGACAUGCCUGAACGCAGUAAUGCACUAGUCUGGGUAGGUGCGAUGCGCUUGCAAUUCUUUAUUGCUGCACACCUCUCGCCUUCUGGUCGCCAUGUAGCCGUCGUGAACGGGGAUGGUCUCCUGUUCAUCGUGGUCGACUUCGCCCGUGUGGCAAGAGCUGAAGCGGCUUUUUCGCAAGUCACCCUGAAGAUCAACCUUGGAGAAAUAGCGAGCAACUUGACCUGGGGCGAUGACGAUAAACGUCUUGCAGUUGUGACGCGCGGUGGAAUCUACAUCAUAGAUAUCGACCCGUUCAAGCAUGGCGUCUAUUCCGAGAGCGAUCUCUCGUCUCUGCCGUCUCGCACACCUCAGGUGAUGGUGAACCGGCUAUCGCACUUUUCAGAUGCUGGCGCCUUGGACCACGUUUCAUGUUUGCAAAUGAGUCGCACAGGUCUAUGGGUGACUUAUGAUGCCGGCGCUUUGAAGACAAGUCUCGAUGAUGAGGGAAUUCGCGAGCCCAUGAGAUCCGUUUGCUUUGUAGACUUCUCCGAUGGGGUAUAG